AUGAUUAAGAAAGGAAAAGAAUUGCACGAAGUGAAGCACAAGGAGAAAAGAAAAGCAGAAAUUGGAGCAAGAAAAUCAGCAAAAUGGAAAGCAAAAAUGAAAGCAAAAGAGAUGGAAGAAAAUGAAAGGCAAGCAAGAAACGAAGCGGUCACUGGUGUGGAAAAGGAAAGGGACAUUGAAAGAGAAAGCCAGGGUAGAAUGGAGAAAGGAAAAGAAUCAUGAUGCAGAAAAAGAGAGAUUGGCGAAAAGAUUGGACGGUAUUGGGGUCAAUUUCGGGAAUUUAGGCCUUGCAAAAGUAGCAUUAUACAAUUGGGAGAUGGAGGAAAUGAUAGGGAAUUUGAGGAAAGAAGGAAAAUGGGUGCAGGCUAA